AUGGUAGGAAAUGUGCUCACCAUCAUCACCAUCACUACCAGCCCAUUAAUGGGGUCCCCCAUGUAUUAUUUCCUGGAUCACCUCUAUUUAAUUGAUGCUUGCUAUUCAUGUGUCAAUACCCUUAAACUGGUUGUAGACUUGCUCUAUGAAAAGAAAACAAGCACUUUCACUGGAUGCAUGAUCCAAAUAUUUGGGGAACAUUUCUUUGGAUAUGCUGAUGUUAUCCUGCUUACUGUGAUGGCCUAUGACUGCUAUGUGGCCAUCUACAAGCCCUUGCAGUAUGCAAUCAUCAUGAAUCAGCAGCUUUGUGACUUGCUAGUGGGAGUUUCAUGGAUGGGAGUCUUUCUUCAUGGAUUCAUACAGAUCUUUUUCAUCUUCAUGUUACCCUUCUGGUUUCCUAAUGUCAUUGAUCAUUUUAUGUGUGAUCUAAAUCCUUUUCUCAAUCUUGCCUGCACUGAUACACAUACUCUAGGCCUUUUUGUUGCUGUAGACAGUGUAUUUAUCUGCCUGAUAAACUUCCUACUCUUGGUUGGCUCCUAUGGGGUAAUCCUUCACUCCCAAAGAUUGGAGGCCAGAUGUAAAGCCCUCUUGACCUGUGUCUCCUAUAUCACAGCAGUUGUUAUAGUCUUUGUGCCAUUCAUAUUUGUGUACCUGUUACCAUCAGCUACUUUAACUAUCGAUAAAGCAGUUGCUGUAUUCUACACUAUGAUAACUCCUAUGUUAAACCCCUUAAUCUAUACCUUGAGAAAUGCCCAGAUGAAAAAUGGUAUUAGGAAAUUGUGUAGUAGUAAGGCUACUUCAACUGAACUAUAA